CACUGCUCCCGACACCAGAGUUCAACGCAAACAACAAAAGAAAGGUGUCGGCAAACUCCGUUUUAACUGUUCCUUUGCAGUUGUCCGCCGCUCGCCGUGAAAGUGACGUUGUACUGGUCAUCAAGGUGGUGGUCUUGGUGGCUGGUAGCGGCUGCUUUUUUUCUUUCGUUCGUUCUUUCUUGCUUCUAACAAUGCAGCACCUCAGCUCCAGCCGGCUUUUGGGUUUCUUCGUUAUGGUGUUCUUUAAGUGCUUGGUGGUCUCCGGGCAAGUUCCCCACCGUGUAGCCGACCUACAUUGGCAUCCAGCUACCGCCACCUGGUACGGCAGCCCCGAGGGCGACGGCAGUGACGGAGGGGCAUGUGGGUAUGGGUCACUGGUGGACGUGAGGCCGCUGAGGGCCAGAGUUGGUGCAGUGAGCCCAAUACUGUUCAAGAAUGGAGAAGGUUGCGGCGCAUGUUACAAAGUGAAGUGCCUAGACAAGAGCAUAUGCUCAAGAAGAGCUGUGACCAUAAUUGUAACAGAUGAGUGCCCAGGUGGGUACUGCUCCAAUGGACGCGUCCACUUUGACCUCAGCGGUGCAGCCUUUGGUCGCAUGGCUAUCACCGGUGAGAAUGGCCAGCUGAGGAACCGAGGAGAGCUCCCCGUUGUUUACCGCCGGACUCCAUGUAAAUAUCCAGGGAAGAACAUUGCCUUCCAUGUAAAUGAAGGUUCAACAGAUUAUUGGCUAUCUCUUCUAGUGGAAUUUGAGGAUGGUGAUGGUGAUGUUGGAUCCAUGCAUAUAAGAGAAGAAGGUGGCAGUGAGUGGCUAGAGAUGAAUCAUAUAUGGGGAGCAAAUUGGUGUAUUGUUAGGGGACCUUUAAAGGGACCAUUCUCAGUGAAGCUAACAACACUUUCAACAGGAAGAACACUUUCUGCGAGAGAUGUUAUUCCAAGAAACUGGUCUCCAAAGGCCACCUAUACCUCUCGCCUCAAUUUCUACUCCUAAUCAUCAUAUGAUAAGCUCCUCACUUUCCUCUUGCUCUGAACUGAAACUUGGCUUCAAGCAAGACAAGAAACGAGGAACAAGAAACAAGGAACAAAGCCUCCCCUUGUCCCCUUCACACAGAAAGUGUCCCAUGUUUGCUGUUUCUUUUCUUUUCUUAUUUUUUUCCCCACCCUUUUUUUAGGAGAAAAGUAACCAUUGGAUUGCAUAAUGUUUGGGAUCCAAUGCUCUUGCUUUUUUCUUUUUUGUGCAAGUGUUUUUAGAGGUAGCCCUCUCCAAAGGAGAGAGAGCGUAUAGUGUACUUUGUAUUUGUAUUUGUAUUUGUAUUUGUAUUUGUAUUUGUAAUGUCUGGGGUAUGUAGGCCCUGUUUGGUUGUUAAUUAAUUUGGAAUUUUCAGUGGUAUCUGUGUAGUCAAUUUGGAGACCCCAUUAGGUAUUAAAAACAAUAAUAUUGUAGACAGGCUUUGCCCUGUGGGACACUAUCCACUAUUUACUUUA